AUGAACGACCCCGGGGUUGAUGAGCCCAUUGGCGAGGCUGCUCAAGAUAUAGAAAGCAGCCCAUACGACAGUAUAGGAAAACAGGAGCGGGAAGAGGAGCAAGACUUUCUUGAUCCGAGUCGAUGGUGGUUUGCAUCCACAGCAUGUCCGCUUAUUGCGGGAACGUUCGGACCUCUCGCCAACGCUUUCUCUAUCUGUGCUCUUGUCGUAAAAUGGAGAGUCUACAUACCACCAGGGAAAGAUGAGACGAUGGGAAAUUUUAUCGAGGAUCCUCCAUGGUUGGUAGCUGUAAACGCAGUAUCCCUAGGAUGCGCUCUUAUUGCGAACCUUUCUCUUUUGCUGAACAUGGCUCGACGCCUGCCUUUCCAUAUCGCUCAGCCCAUAACUAUCUCGGGCUUUUCCCUUGCUGCUUUCCUACUCAUCAUCUUAGUCUCAAUUGCUUCAUCGAAGAUCUUCCGGAUACAACCAGGUGAUGCACACGCUCUCACCCAGGCCUUUUACUAUGCAAUAAUUGCCGCCACGCUAUAUUGCCUCAUAGCAAUGUUGCUGUUACUCACCGUUUUUGGCGCAUGGCGAAAGCAUUAUGCAAAAGAGUUCCGUCUCACUGUCCCCCAGAGAACGCUCAUGUUACAGACCAUAAGCUUUAUGGUAUACCUGCUUCUUGGUGGCCUGGUUUACAGUAAAAUCGAAGGGUGGAAUUUCCUUGACGCUGUCUACUGGGCAGACUACACGCUACUCACUGUCGGACUCGGCUCGGAUUUCCCUCCAACAACCCACCUCGGACGUUCUUUACUUUUUCCAUACGCUUUUGGCGGGAUCGUUAUGGUCGGUCUGGUCAUUGGUUCGAUACGCUCCCUUGUCCUCGAAAGAGGCAAGGUUAAACUUGAGGCCAGGAUGACGGAAGUCAAAAGAGAAAAGGUCCUGUCCACAAUCGACUCGGAAAACUGCACUAUCAGAGUUGGGUUCUUUCACAGGGUCAAAUUUUCCCAGAGUGGGCUUUCGGAAAUAGAAAAGAGGGAGCAAGAGUUCAACAUAAUGCGCAAGAUUCAAGAGAGUGCAGAGAAAAGGCGCAGAUAUACAUCGUUGGGCUUGUCCAUCGUAGCCGCGGCAUUGCUCUGGUUUGUCGGAGCUGUUGUCUUCCAUGCUUCCGAAGGAUCCCAUCACGGCUGGAGCUACUUCGACGCUCUUUACUUCUCCUACACGUCUCUGCUGACCAUCGGAUAUGGGGAUUACUACCCUGCAAGCAACUCGGGGAAGCCGUUUUUUGUGUUUUGGUCACUCCUCGCCGUUCCUACCUUGACAAUUUUGAUCUCCAACAUGGGAGACACCGUUGUCAAAAGCUUUAGUGACUUCACAAUCUGGGUCGGUAGCUUGACCGUUCUGCCGGGAGAGACCGGGAUCAAAACAACGCUCAAGAGGUCCCUGGUUAAACUGAAUCCGGCAACGCACUACAAAGGAGAGUCUAGCGGUAUCCAUACCGAGAAACCACCAGGCCUACUACCAAGAGGGGGUAAAGGCGACGAAGGAAAAUCCCAUCCCGAAGACAAAAAGGGCUACAUUGAGCGCAUGGCCAUGGACCGGUUGACACGGCACAUCGAGGAAGAGGAGCUAGAUGAGGCGAGCGAGGCCAAUGAACAUGGCGAUUCACUAGAGCGCGACACACACUUCUACCACUUCGUGUUGGCCAGCGAACUCCGCAGGGUGAUGCGAGAUGUCUUGGAGUCGCCCCCCAAGCAGUACACAUACAGCGAAUGGGCGUAUUACCUGAAACUCAUCGGGCAAGACGAGAUGGACCCUAAUCGGCAUCGAAAAGCGCCAAUCAAGGUGGAUCGGCAAAACCAUGCGCAUCCUGACUUGGGCGGUGCUGGUGGAAAAGUUGAUGACGAAGGCUACCUGUACAAAUGGAGCUGGCUGGGCAUCCGUAGCCCGCUGAUGGGGUCGAAGAGCGAGGCAGAGUGGAUUCUAGAAAAACUGUCGGCGACGCUGGAGUUGGAGUUGUCGAAGAUGAGGGCUUCGAAGGUGAGGACGCAGAGGCAGCCGCCUCCUAUUUCGAUGGCGGACCUCAGAAAGAGGAAGCUAGACUUGGGUGGCUCGAGUGCGUCUUCAGGCAGUUGA